CUCCUCUCGACCCCAUUCCCGUGGUGUACAUUGACGUGACGUAGUUCAAAAACACGGGCCCUUACUCCGGCUCGGCCUCAACCAACCGUCUUGGGUCUUACCAUUAGUUUCGUGUAAUAAUUAUCAUUGUACCAUCAAUAACUGGUGGGUGGAACGGCUAGGAGCCGCCCCUGGGAUUCUUGGUCGGCCUUCGUUCACCCACCAAAAGAGGUGGGCGAGGUUCUUCAAGAAAACGGCGGGCUGACGAUUGGUCUGGCUGGGCUGGAGCGAUAUGAACUCUUCGGGCAAGUGGGAGGCGGGUUCGGGGGAUUCGCCCCCGCCCACCUUCACGCCAGAAGAAGUGAAAUUUGUGCAAGACAAUCAUCAGGAAUACCUGCAUCACGACACAGCGCUGGGCGAAGGCGUGGAGAACGCCCAUCGCAAGCUCUGGCUCCAGUUCCAAGGCACGGCCUCCCAGAUGACCAAAAUGUAUCGUGAGGGCCAGGCCAAUCCGGCCUUGUUGUGGCAUUGCUUCCAGUUAAGUGCGGGUGCUCUAACUCAACUCUACAAGGAUGCGGUCGAAGAGAUCGGCGUGGUGCGGGAUCGGGCUUACAAGGCCGGCUAUGCGCGAGCCAAGCACGAUCUGGGCACGUGGGCCAAGACCUCCAAAAGACGUUACGUCCGACGGGACGAGCUUCUGUCUGUGAUAGCCCUGGCCUUGCCCGCCACUUCGGCCAACUUGGCGCUCAGUGGUGGUCGCGUCGACCCGCCCUCGGCCCCAGGGGCGUGUGCGCUAACCGAAGAAGAAUCCUUGGCCGAUCGUGGGGCGGGUGAAUUGGAAGCCUUGGACGCGCACGAUCCGCCCCUCUCGCCCGUGUUAUUCGCCCACCAUUUGCCCCAGUCGCCCAAUCGCUUGAAGCGCCACCGGUCGUCAUCGUCGCAUCCGACCAGUCCGCUCAGUGACGACUAUAUGGACUUGUUUACAAUUAAACGGCAGCGCCGGAACUGAACGGGCUGGUAAUCCGGAGGCCACGGCCUCUUGGUCUGACGCUCUUCCAACUUAUGCGCUGAGUUCAAAUGGGACUGAUGACGUUUAUAAACGCACCGGGCGAUACAGUGGCAUUCUCCAAAGACAUUAAGCAACAUCAUCUUGAUUCCCUUUUCCUCUCAAUACUACUACCCCCCCUCCCCUUCCUCCUAUUUUCAGUCUUUUGGCUAUCAUCAUCUUGAUUAUUAAUGCUGUCCUAUGGAAACCUACACACAACUAUGAAUAUAGCCGAGUCCUUUGUUUAACGUC